UUGUUAUAGCAGGACGUCUUUUUCCGGUCUAAAGCAAACCGAAUAGCAGAAUCGUCGUUUUGGGACCUUCAUGUUGCUGGGAUAAGCGGAAGCUGGCAAACAAAGAAUACCCACCUCCACUUCAGCAUUGUGCUUCCUACAAAACUCAGCCCACUUGCAAACUGAACUAACCUGUUGCUCGUCAAUAAGAAGGGUGUCGGCUUCUGACUCCGGCAAAAGAUCCCGACGUUUCAAUGUUAGAAGGUUGAGUCUUAUUUUUCAUUUUCUGAUACUUUCUUUACUCUCUACCCUUUAGAGGUAAAGACUGGGAAAACUGUAAGCCUAACUUUCUGCAGUGGUUUGCCGGAGCAUAAAAGCCCCUCAGAAAAAGACGUCAUCUCCAGAGGUUGCGGGAGGAAGCAUACAGUUCAAGAUGGCAAAGACAGCAGCCCUAGUCUUCAUUACACUUUCUACGAUUGUUUUUGCUGAGGAUCCAGAGCGAUCAUCCGAAGACGAUCCUUUCACCUUUGAUUAUCACAGACUUCGUGUUGGGGGUUUGAUCCUCGCAGCAAUCCUGUGUCUGAUCGGUAUCACCAUUCUUCUCAGUGGACAUUGCAGAUGCAAAUUCAACCAAGACAAAAGGAGAAGAACUGGUAGCAGUGCAGCUUCACAGAUGCUCAAUGACCAGGGUCGAUCCAGCGAAUGCUAAGAACCAAGUAAAAGACUGUUUGACAGCAGACCAUUAUCGCUGAAGUUAAAUAAUUUGAAAGCAAAUGUCUAACAGGGUGGUGUCCAAUUCAUUUCUAGCCAUUGGUUUCCAGUUGAGUUGGGGCUGUGUUGCCAAGGGAAGUGUCCCUUGUGGACAUGCACAUUGUCUUACCUAUGCACGUGUACUGCCCAGCACUUACGUUGUAAACAUUAGUAACAACCGAGCAUAAGCUGCCAGAAUUUAAAGCCUGAAAACUUUUUUUUUUAAACCAAGAAAGUUGUUUUUCUGAUUUGUUUGUCCUUUUAAUUUAAAUCACCCUUUUUGCUUCAUUUGAAAAGGUUACAUACAAAAUUGCUAUAUGGUAUUUGUGUGUUCUAACAUUGUGGCUUAUAUAGAGGGGAGAAAGAGGAUGAAUUCCUGGUUCUGUUACUUUUAAUAGUUGAAAUGCAUUACGUGGAACAGUUAGAAAUGUUCUAGCACCACAUUGCAUAGAGAGCUAAUAAUAUAAAUAAGCAUUUAGAGAUCUACACCUGCUACCAUAAAUAUAUAUCAAUUGUCAAUGAUGCAAGUAGUUCAUACCCGUAAACAAAUAAUACUAAAAUAAAAUAAAAAAUCUCAUGUUUGAUGAAUCUGGUAGUUAGAGGUUGAAUGCUUUGCCAUGUUAAAGAAGCAUUGCUGAAGAUUACAUAUUUAAUAUGACUUAAAGGGUAAUUGAUGGUGCAUUCAAAAGCACCAUCAAGAGAGAAGUGGUAGUGGAGUUGGGUGGUGGGGCUAUAGCAUACAUGCUAAUGUUGUAGAACUUUGGAGAUCCUAUUAUAUACACGGCCAUUGUGUGGAUUGUUUUGCUACUAAUAAACUUUUAAAUUAAGGGAAA